AUGGCAUCCACCACUGUCCUCACCGCACUCCUCAUCCUCACCUGGUUCCUUGCCACCACCCUCAUCCUCAUCCUCACCCUCGCUUUCCUCUACUUCAAAGAGACCUACAAGGUUGAAGUCAUCCUCACCCACCAACCAACCACCCCUAUUGUUGACCAAACCCCUGAGUGGCCCACAGGCGUACAAGUAACAUCCCCAGUCAAACUUACCCCUACUCCAUUUACUGAUCUCCUCAGUGCCCUUCUGGGCCUCAUCCUCACCAUUCUCCUCUUGGUACUCGCCCUCACCCUCAUCAUCCCCCUCCUCCUUUGUCUUACCAUUUGCCACCUCGAGCGAGAACAUCAGUGGGCAUUCAACAUUGCCAUCACUGCACAGUGCCCCCUCCUGCAUACGACCACCACCCUCCCAGUAAUUGCUGCCAAUCAUGACAGCAACAACCCGAUGCAGGUGUACUUUGAGUACAUCAGGGAACAUCAAGAUUAG